CGGGAAGCCGCUGGAUGCGGGCAGCGCAGGACCGAUCGUCGUGGAGAUCCUUGGGGGAGGCUUUUGCCCAGCAAUGGGCGUCGUACGGCUGAUAAUGAUGAGGUAGUAUAAACAUCGAAACGCUGUUUUUCAGAGAUUCAUUUCGUUUUGGAUCUAUCGUCAAUUCAAUCUGAAUUAUUUAUAAUGAAGCACUAAAGCUAAAAUAUAAAGCUUUUAACUUGUCAAAAGGAAACGGCUUUGGUUGGAUGUAAACAUUAUACCAAAAAUAGGAAUUCACCCUCGCCGUGAGAGUGAGACGUUAUUUUUGUCUGCGCACGCGUCGCGGUGGGCACGCGACAUUCAUAUUACUCCCAACUUUUGUCUGGACGUGUUUUCAGCAGUAUGAUCUAUACUGCCCACAUUCACAUUUCUUUUUAUCUACAAUAAAUACAAAAUAGUAAAUAAAAAAUUAUCUAUUGUUCAAGGUAUAUGUGCGGUUAUACUCGUAGUUUGAAAACUAGGAUCAAACUCUGAAGAAGAGAAGUGUAGUGGCUUACGAGAAGUUGUAUACAAUGGAAAACAUUUUCUCGCGUAUUUGGGUGAUAGAGUGAAAGUUGAAUGAACUUGAAGUGAAACGCGUUCGCAAAACGUCUAAAAAUAUUGUGUUGUGACUAACACUGACCGUGUAAAUGGGAGAGCGGUUCAAUUCCCCCGUGCUUCCUGUCUGGUCCGGCAUUCCUGGAGUACGCGUAUCGAUUUAAACAAGUUUUUGCGCAAUAUUUUGACAUAAAGAAGCUACAGAAGUAAGUGGGAAGGUCGAAAAAUGACUCGUGGUCCGACGAUAGUGCGCGUGGCUCCGGGUGGUGCAGCUGGUGGCCGGGGCAUCAAGUGUUGUUGCUGUAGGUGCUGCGAAUGCUUCAAUUUCGGCUACCUCACCAGCCAGCAUGGGGUCAUAAAACUGGCCGAAGCCAUGUUAGGAGGGCUCUGUCAGAGCUUGUUGGUGAAAUAUGGUCUAUCGGAGGCCAGCAGCAUGGGAUCGGCCUUCCACGGAUUCCUUACCACAGCCUCGGCCUGUCUCCUCACCACAGCCCUCCUCAUCACCUGCUACGUCGUCUCUUCCAACUCUCAGCAGUUAAUACGACAAUCUAUAUUUGAGUGGCUAUUCAACGCGGUCGCCUGUUUCCUGUACCUGUCAGCAUCGUCAUAUAUGGGCGUCGCUGUCAACAUAUAUCUCUAUCCUCGGUACGCGCUCGUCAACAUGUACUCUGCCUACCCUGCUAUGACUGCAGUCUACUAUAUCGGAGUGGUGGUGGGCAUACUGCACGGUGUGGAUGCGUACAUCUCCUACAAGUAUCAUAAAGGAUAUCGAUGAAUCACCACGAAUCGUAUAAGUACUUAAUAGAGAUGUGCCGACUACGAUUUUCGCCGACUAGCUUAGUCGGCCUCAGAAAGCUCAAUAGUCGGCUGAUUAGUCGGUCAAAUGUCCGAGCAAUACAUUGUAUACGAAAUACCACUUUUGAAAUUGGAAGAUCAUUUUCAUAACAUCAGCUUUUUCAUUGACAAAAACGGCAAUCAAAUAUUUUUACAGAUGUUUGUUCAUCCUGCAAUAUUAAUUAAAUGCGAAAUAGGUAUAUUUCUUAUUGUUGCAUGUCAAUUAUUGUGAUUGUUAUAAAUAUUGAUUAAUUAAUAUUCACCGAGCUGCUAUUUCAAGUAUUUAUCACAUUUUGAAGCUAAAAUAUUGCAAGCCUACGUUGUUUUGCCGGCUAGUUACUGGCUACAAUAUUGGCCGACUAUUCGGUUUUCCCGACUAGUCGGUGCAUCUCUAAUACUUACCAUUGUAACCUUCCAUUCCAUAAGUGAAUUAACUUUAAACUAACAUCCAACUAAUGUAAAGGAAACGAUACCUGUUUUUUAAGUACCUAACAAUUUUAUGUUUUAGAUUUACUUUUCAACUAAAUCUUACCUUAUGUACCUAAUAAGGAACACAUAACGAAAUAAUAAUUAUUUUUUAAUAA